AUGCGUCACCUUUCGAAUGCCGUCACAUUAUGCGGUCUUAUCGCAUCCAGCACAUCGUUCGAUCUAUCACCACAAGAAGUGCUCGAUUCGAAUACGCCUAAUCUUUUGCCCGAAACAACCAUAGAUCCUUGCUCUUUAGUCGAUUCGCCUUUGGCGAAUGCAAGCGUUCAGCUCAGCAGUUGGUUAGAAUGCGCUGUCAACGGUUUCUACCCAUAUCCUGCGAACACAGACUGGCCCAAAGGCCAUGCAACAUCGUUUUCGAAAGACAUUAUGUUCACCUUCAACGACACGCAUUACGACUUCGAUGGUUCCCUGCAUCUCUACACGAUCUUCAAUGCGACCCUCGGCGUAGCUUUCGCACCAUUCAAGCAUGGUUUCAUCAAUACCCUUGGCAUACCUAAUAUGAAUGGCGACAAGGGUGGCUUUGUCUAUAUGAUUGGGUGGGCUGGAGGUUUCCAGACUCGUGCCAAGCGCGAUCUGUACUUCACCAAUGCAGCAUUCGCUGUAGUCAAGGAAGAGGAUGGGGAGAGAAAGAUUGUUGAAUUCCGAGAGAGCGGCAACAUUCCGAACACAGCGCAUUUGCCAGAGCCUGUCGAGUGGGCUUGCUCUUUCGAGUAG